AUGAAUUCGUUACUAUCCCGCUUCGACCAGCCGUCCAGCUCGUCCUUCAGCGGCGAUGCUAUGCAUGGAAGCACUGGUGCCGCAUAUGACCAGCUCAUGGGUGCUCCCGGCCAGUUCGAUCUCCCCAACAUGGAUCCAGCGACCUUCUUGUCACAGUACACCGAUGUCGACUCCUCUAAUCCAGCGGCCAAGAUCAAGCUGGCGCACGGUACAACCACACUUGCUUUCCGCUUCAAAGGCGGCAUCAUCGUAUGCGUCGACUCGCGAGCUACUGCUGGCUCUUACAUUGCUUCAGGGACAGUCAAGAAGGUCAUCGAAAUCAACCCAUACCUUCUCGGAACCAUGGCCGGUGGUGCUGCCGAUUGCCAGUACUGGGAGACUUACCUCGGUAUCCAGUGUCGACUUCACGAGCUCCGAAACAAGGAGCGUAUCUCGGUCGCUGCCGCCAGCAAAUAUCUCAGCAAUCUCGUCUAUUCGUACAAGGGCAUGGGCUUGUCCAUGGGAACUAUGAUCUGUGGGUGGGACAAAACAGGCCCUGCUCUCUUCUACGUUGAUUCGGAUGGCACUCGUCUCAAGGGUGACGUAUUCAGUGUUGGUUCCGGUUCCACUUUUGCCUACGGUGUGCUUGAUCAGGGCUACAAGUGGGAUUUGUCGGAUGAGGAAGCACAGGAGCUUGGUCGACGCUCCAUUUACGCCGCUGCUCAUCGUGAUGCAUACUCGGGUAACACCGUCAACCUCUACCACGUGCGCGAGAACGGAUGGGAGUUCAUUGCCAACUAUGACGUCUCGAAGCUGCAUUACGACGGGCCGGGCGACAACGUUCCUGGUGCGCCAGGCGGAGGAUACGGAUGGGAAGUGCGAACCAAGGGUCUCUCGUCCAAACUCGAGGCACAGCCAGGACAGAGUGUCAGUGGUCAGGGUGGGAGAUUCGCAGAUGAGCAGCCUCUUGCUGCACAGGUCCGACCUGAACAGGCAUGA